AUGAAUUGUACGCUAUCACAAACAACCGAAACGGAAACAUUUGUUCAAGAACCAGGCAGCAAUAUCUGUCAAAUAAUUAUGACAACAAAUACUUCUUUUCAUUAUUCUAUUCAACAGUUUGAACAGAUCAUCAUGCACUCACGUGAAAAUCGAUUAAUUGGAAAUACUGAAGAACAUCAAACUUUACCAUCAAUUAGUCCAUCAUGUAAUAAUACUAAUUCAACUAUUCAUUUAGAAUCAACUAAAACUUUAUUAACUGGAGUAGCUGAACGAAUAAAAAAUAAACUGAAUAUAGAUAAUGAACUAAGAUCAAUUACAAUGACAAAUCGUUUAUCACAAAAUAUUCCCAAUAAUGAAUCAAGUAAUUUGUCCAGUAAAGAAACUUUCCCGAUAGAUAAUGAUGAAUCAAAUUCUCAAAUGAUACAAAAAACUACAACAGAAUCAACAUUCAAUAAUGAUGAAUAUAAAGAAAAAUUUGAAAAAGCGCUAAAAGAAAAUGAUAAAUUAAAAUUAAAAUUACGCGAUACAGAUAAACAAUUAAAACAAAUUAUACGUGAUUUACGUGUUUUAAGUAGUUUUGAAAAAUCGGAUAAUUGGUUUGAAAAAUAUAAUGAUCUACGUGAAACAAUGAAAGAUCAAGAGAAUGAAAUAACACGUAUGAAAAAGAAGCUGAUUGAAUUACAAGAUGAAAAUGUUAAACUACGUAUUAAUGAGAAGAAGAUAGAGAAACCAGUUAAAAGUUGUAAACCACGUACUAUACGCUUAGAAUCAUUGAGUCAAGAAUUAUUAAUUGAAGAGAUUAAAAAAUUAGAAGAAGAAUUAGAUCAAAAAACCAAUGAAAUGAAUGAAGUAAAUGAACAAAUCAAUAAUGUCCGACAUCAUUAUAAACAAUUUGAAGAAUCAACCAUAGAAAACUGUACAGAAUUUAAUCGACGUGAAAGUGAUCUAUUGAAAUGUUUAAGUAAUUUACAAAGUAAAUCUACCGUAUUCAAUGAAUUGGUGAUAAUGUUAGAAGAACAAAAUAAUAAUUUGUUAUUAGAAAUAUGCAGUCUUCUCAAUGUGAAUUAUACAAUGGAAGAUCAAUCAUCUGUAACUAAGAAAGUUGAUGAAAUUUCAAAUGAAUCAGUUAAAACAGUAGAUCCAUAUCAAAGAAUUCGAUCUUUGGAAAAACUUCUCUCUGAAGAACAUCAACAUACUUUAAUUUUACAAAAACAUUUAGAAAUAGCAUCGAAAUCCAAUAUUUCUAUUGAUCAGAAUUCUAUAAAACAAUUAGAUUGUAAACGAAGUGAAAUAUUACAAAAAGAGUUGGAUGAAAAAGAAGAAAUACUUGAUGCUCGUGAUGAACAAAUUGCUGAUUUAAAAUCACGUGUUGAACAAAUGCGUAAAAUGAAUGAAGCAAUGCGUGCAUUAAUGGAGAAGGAACCAAGUGAAAUCAAGUCACAAAAACUGGGGACCAAUGUUGAAAUAACUAGUUAUAAAAAAGAAAUUGAAUGUAUGAGAAAAGAAAUGCAAAUUAUUCGUAAUAAUCUUACACAAGCUGAAAAAGUAAAGGAGAAAUUAAUGAAAGACAAUAGAGAACUUCAAGAAGAAUUAAAACUACGAGAAGAUUCAAUAUUUGAACAAGAUGAUGAAUUAGAACGACGUAAUAAUGAAAUACGUGGACAUAAAUCAUCUAUUGAACAAAUGAAACGUGAACUAGAACAAACAAAACGUGAUUUAGCUCAAGCCAAAGCUGCAGAAAUCAGUGGAGCAUCUUGUCGUUUAAGUACUAAAAUUGCAGAAAUUGAAAGACUACGAGCUGAGUUGAAUACUACUACACAAGAGUUGAAAGAUACAAAAGUGAAUCGUGAUGAACUUAAAAGAAUCGUUGAUCAGAAUGAAGAUACUAUGAAACAUCUUGGCAAUGAAGUACUUCAAUUACGUACUGCUAUUACUGAAAAAGAUAAAAUGUUAACUGAAUUACAUGCAUAUUUGAAAGAAUCUAGGCAAAAUACAGAAAAUAUCAAAAUACAAUGUGAAAAUGCUGAAUCAAAACGAAUAGAUGUGGAGAAACGAUAUGAAGAAUUAAAAGACAGACUUACAAAUAAAGAACAAGAAUUGAAAAAUCUACGUAAACGUAUGGAAGAAGCAGUUUUAAUGAGUACUACUACUAAUACUACUACCAAUAAUAAUAGUAGUAUUAAUCAUACUAAUCGUGAUUCAAGUCAAUCAGAUAAUAAUAAUAAUAAUAAUAAUCUUACAAAUCGUGAAUUAAUGUUAAAUCGACGUGGAUUUGAAGUGGAUAAAUUAAGAAGAGAAUUAUCAUUAACUAAACGUGAAAAAGAUGAUUUAUAUAUUGAAUUAAAAAAAUUACGUUGUAAAUUAGAUAAAAGGCAUACAUCAGAAGAAAGAAGUAGAAAGGAUAUAACUGGUUAUCUUACGAAUUUCAAUAUGGGUAAUACAUAUGCAAAAGCAAUUGCAGCUCAACAGCCUAAUACAAAAAUCACUUUACUUAAUGAACAUAUUAAUAUAUUGAAUCGUACUAAUAUUGAAUUAAAAAUACAAAAUGAAUCAUUACAUAAUAAUGUUAUUGAUUAUCAACGACGUUAUCGUAGUAUUAAAGAACAAUAUGAAGGUGAACAAGAAGCAUGGAUUACAGAAAGACUUGUACUAGAAUCAAAAGCGAAAGAGGUAAGUAAAUGUUAUCAUUAA